AGCAUUACGUUUCUCUCCCUCUAACAUCCUUCUAAAAUAUUAGGUUUGGGUCAGUGCCUCAGCAAAGCUUUGUAAGAACAUAUACCAUGGAGCCUUGGUGCAACAGCCCUCCACAGCCUGAAGUAAGGGGAGGGGAGAAAGCCAAGGUUAAAGGAUCGUGGGAUGUGGGAACGGAUGUGGAGAGCUGUCAGGUCCCCAAGGACCCUGGCACAUGACUGUUUGACAAAGGGCUGAGUGGUGUUCAAUGUCUUGCAGAGGCCAAAAUACUACUUUGAACUAUGUGCAUCGAUUAAAUCAUUGGUAAUUACAAAAGGAACCCUGAACGUCUACUAAUCAGAUGUAGGCACUGACACUACAGACAGCCAGGAAAGGGCUCAUUUGUCUAAACAGAACAGCACCAACUACAGAAAAUUGCUAGUCUCUGUUUAUUAUGCCAUAUUUAUAAUCUGGUGAAGAUCUUUUAGAUACUAUGUGGUGACUCCAGUGUCACUCAAUGCACAUAUCCCACCCAUCUUGCCUUUAGAGACAUCAGGGUAUCAGACAGAGGCCAGUGGGACAUACUACGGUGUGUGCAAAGGCUUUCCCUCAAAGAUGAGACCACUGAAGGGCUUUGCUGGCUUUGGGAAACAAUGUGACUUUUGCGUCCAGAGUUAGUCAAACUCCUUUUCAGCAGAAGAGCCCAAAGUAAAUCAGCAAGUACAACUGUUCUAGCAAAAUAGAAUUCAGUUCAUGAUUAACCUUUCUCCUGCUAACUCAUUCUUACAUGCAAAGCCCUUGUUAAGCUGUAGAAAGCAAUUGUUAUGCUCAGGGAACGUGGUUUUGUGGCCUCCAGAUGGAGCAUGCAAACAGAGCCCGCUGCAGUUCUCUUCGGAUGCACCUCCUCAGACCAAACCAUGUAUUUUCCCUGGGGAAAACCAGAGCCCAGCUGAGGGACAGCUCACACCAGAGCCCACUCCAGACAAGCUGUGUGGAGACGUGUCAGACUGCUUUUGCUUCUCAGCUCCAGCUCUACUGUAGCCAGCUCUGCCUCCCCACGCACACGCUUUCCUGCCACUCCCCAUUGUGCCCAGUGCACCUCAUCUUCAUCCUAGAGAAAACAACUCUCUGGCAGGCUUAAAAAAAUUCCUACUACGUCCAAGAUUUUGAGCUGAAAAACAAUGCAAAUAUAUCCUCAGGCAUGGGACAAAGAGCCCAUCCAAACCAAGCACCACGAAGAAUGAGCAUAGCUGGUCCACUUUGUGUGGCACUAGCCCUCAGUGGUGUGAAUGUGAGCUGGUUCAUGCCUUGGCUGCAUGGAGGGGUCCACAGAGCCCCCUUCAACACAGCAGGCCUGAUGUCAAAAGCAGAAAUGGUUGAGUUUUCACCCUAAGAAUGCCAGUGGUAUUAAAGCUUGAUCAACACAGCUGGUCUGAUGGUGAACCUCAGCAAAUGGUUGAGUUUUUACCCUGAAAAUGCCAGUGAUACAUUAAAGCCUGAUCCUGGCAUGCCUGAGAGAGUGAUGAUAUUAAAAGACAGCAUGGACACUGCUUCCCUUGGGAGAGAUUGAGUGCCUGGUUAAAUAAAUAGCAGGUCUUUGCUGCUCCAUGUUGAGAACUGACUGACCGCUGUGAUGCUAAACCAGCCAAAGUCGCUGCCUUCCCUGGUGUGCAUGCACAGGACCAGCGUGCGGCGGACGGAAAAUCAGGAAACCCAGGUUAUCUUCAGCGGAUCCUGAGCGGCGGUAGCAGGGCUGGGCAGGACUGUGUUUUCAACAGGUCAGCAGGGAGAAAAGAGGAAAUUCUUUCUGAAUUUUCAGCUACUCCAAGUGAAGGAUGCUGGGAAACUCCAGGACAUUUCAGAAGAGCCAGAGUGGAUGUCAGGAAUUGUGAUACAGUACAAAGGCUACCACGCCUUGCAAGGACCCUCAUGCACAGUCAGUUGCUCCAAGCCUCCCUUCGUGGUCAAAACUACUCUUUGAUCCACUUGGAUCUUAAGAGAAAUGAAUGAAGGAAUACAUGAAUAAAUGAGACAGAAAGAGAGGAAGAGAAGAAUGAAGGAGGGAAGGAAGGAUGUAAGGAAGGAAGAGAGGAAGGAAGAGGGAGCAAGGGAGGGAGGAAUGGAGGGGGGAAGGACAGAGCUCCUGUGAAUUUUAGAAGAUCCAGUCUAAAUUCAGUUCCUGGAAAAAUAUUGAGCACAAAGCCAGUAAUUCUAUUUGUAGCCACCUAGAAGAUAAGAUGCAAAGUGUUAUCAACAAAUACGGGUUUGUUGGGAUUAACUAUCAAGUGAGUAAUCAACUGUACAAACAAAAACCCAGAAUUAUUGGCCAGACUCCCCGCAAGCGGGAAGAACCUAAGGAUCAGUAUCAAAGCACAACAGGCCAUGGCUCAACAACCUAUGGUUAUUGCGAAAAAAGCAAACCUGACCUGAGACUUCUGGAACCGGGGUCCUCCCACGUACGGGGAGGCUGGCCAGAAGGCAGGCAGUAACAGCUACCCAAGCAUAGACAACAUGACAGAGAUGGAGAUAUUGAAAAUGCCCUCAAUGAGCAAAACUGAAAACUAGGCAAACAGAUGAGAACAGUCUUCAACUGCUAAGAUACAGAGGUCGUCUGUAUUCUCUCCUGUGAAGAAAGGCUGAGAGAGUUGGGGUUGUUUAACCUGGAGAAGAGAAGGCUCUGGGGAGACCUUAUUGCGGCCUUCCUGUACUCAAAGGGAGUUUAUAAGAACGAUGGGGACAAAAAGUUUGAGUAGGGCCUGUUGCAGUAGGACAAGGGGUAAUGGUUUUUAAAUAAAAAAAGGGUAGAUUCAGACUAGAUAUAAAGAAGAAAUUUUUUAUGAUGAGGAUGGUGAAACCCUGGCCCAGGUUGCCCCGAUAGGUGGGAGAUGCCCCAUCCCUGGAAACAUUCAAGGUCAGGUCGGUUGGGGCUCUGAGCAACCUGAUGUGGUUGAAGAUGUCCCUGCUCACUGCAGGAGGCUUGGACUAGAUGACCUUUAAAGGUCCCUUCCAACCCAAACUGUUCCAUGAGUCUAUGAUGCAUCUGCUCUCAGCUGAAUGCGGUGCUCUCCUCCAGCACACACAGCGUUGAUACUGAUUUACUAUGGACGUGACUUACACGUGGACUGGUGCAUGCCUUUGAGAAGGCCAUGGUCCUCGGUGGCCUGAGAUUUGUAUUUAUUCAGGCCUUCUUUUCUGGCCCAUCACCUUCACCUUUUGUCUGCUGGACCAGCUGUUGCAAAGAAAAGACUUGCUACCCCACCCUCAUUCACCUUCCCUCUGAGCUGUCGCCCACUCCUACCCCCCAUUUCUGCCAGGGAUGUUCUCUCCUUGCCUGUCAUCUCCAAAGUGUAUCUUCACGCGCUUCCUUGUCAUGGGGAAGACAAAUGACAUGCUGCAAGUAGUCCCUGGGUUGUACAUCUUAAGCAGAGCUGCACAAACUCUUGUCUGUCCAACGCACGCUCCCUGAGAUGAAAGAUAUUUCUGUGUGUCUUCGGCAGUAAAGCAUAUUUUCUGUGUGUUCAGCUGAGCUAUUUGCACCCACCCCUGUUCCUAGAGACGAUGCUGAGCAAUGGUCCUGUGGGCCAACCUUGCCCAGAGAGCUUGUGCAAAUGCAAAGAGGGGGCUGAGGAUUCUGCUGAGUGGUAGAGGUGCAAUACGCCUAGCAUCACAUCGCCUUCCUUUCAGGAUAUCCAACCCCUCAGCCAGUCCUGGGCCAUCUUCCCCCUUAGGCAUCCCCAGUAGGGACGUGUGAGCCCAACACCUCACUGCAACCGCCUCCUAGGAGUGCUUGAUGAUCUCUGCUGAGCAUACAAGGUCUCUAAACGCAUUUUCCAGAUAGAGAGGUUGGCAGGAGGUAGAUUCAACCCAAGGUAGCAGCAGCGUCAUAUCCCUGCAGCGUCAUUCCCCUCCUCAGCCGUGUGCCUACCUGGGUGACUCAAGCUCACGGGGGACCUGGGAGCCCAGCUUUGCCAUCCAGGGGCAGAACCUCCUGCCGCUUGUACAUCUAGCGCUGUCAAGGCUGGGAGGAGGCCCCACACCAACCAAAAAAUUAACUGGAUUGUGAACACAGACAAACCUUGCAACCACAUUUCACAAAGCCUUCCUGUCUCUAGGGACAAACAUGGGAGGAAACCUGGGAAAAACUUUCGCUUUUGGGAGACGCUGCUUUCAGCAGUGGGAAAAAGUUUCUUACAUCUUCUUGUGCUGCACUACCAGGAUGGGAUCGUACCCGUUUUUGCAGCUAAGCACGGGCACUGAUGCCUAUUCCCGCAGCUGCCUGAAGCCAGUCCUGGAAGGCAACUUUCAAAACCCUGUCUCCCCCCAUCCUUGCACUGAUGGUCCAGAACUGGCUGUCCUGAGAUGGCUUGUUUGCUCAGCAGAUUCCUGAAACAGCCCGCUUUCACAAUCCCACAGCUUACGUGAUGCUCGUGGCACAAGAGUCGCUUCCUGGCAGAGGCUUGGCAUUUUGUAUUUGCUGAGCUCCUGCCGUGGGGCACAGAGGGAGGUUUUUGGGGUGGAGGGGAGGAGCUGUGACAAGGAGGACUUCUCAAAUAGCCAGUCCCUUGGGUGCAUGCCCUGCCUCCUCCCUGCCCUGCUCUCCCGUGGAGACGACAAGCGCACAGUAUUUUUGCCACCAACAUGAGGUUUGUCCUCCUGGCAUGUCUCUGGGCUUCCCUUGCAGGAGUCCUACUGGCAGAAGAUGUAGACACAAGCAAAUUUGAGAUCCGCCUGGUGGAUGGUGCCAAUAAGUGCUCUGGGAGAGUCGAGGUGCUUCACAAGGACGAAUGGGGGACCGUCUGUGAUGAUCACUGGGAUUUACGGGAGGCAAAGGUUGUGUGCAGGCAGCUGGGCUGUGGGACGGCGCUAUCGGCCCCUCGGGAGUCUAAAUACGGGGAAGGGAAAGGCCAAAUCUGGCUGAGUGACGUGAGCUGCAAAGGGACAGAAGCGUCCCUCGACGAAUGCAAGGCAAAGCCAUGGGGCGAGAACAUCUGCAACCAUGUAGAAGAUGCCAGCGUGGAGUGCUCAGGAACAGAAAUACCUGAGCCAGGGCCCAUCCGGCUGGUGGGAGGCCCGAACCGAUGUGCUGGCAGAGUUGAGGUACUUCAUGAAGACCAGUGGGGCAGUGUGUGCCAUGACGACUGGGAUCUAAACGAUGCCCAAGUUGUGUGCAAGCAACUGGGCUGUGGGGAUGCAGUGCUGGCCCCCAUUGGAGCCAAGUUUGGACGGGGAUUUGGCACCAUCUGGCUGGAUGAUGUGAACUGCACAGGGGUGGAAGCUGCUCUCUCUGAGUGCCCUGCGAGGCCGUGGGGGGACCACAAUUGUUACCACGGGGAAGACGCCAGUGCAGUUUGUUCGGAUUCAGGUGUUGCCGUCUCGGUUCCCAUCAGACUUGUGAACGGCACAAACCGCUGUGAGGGGCGGCUCGAGGUGCUUUGGAAAGAGCAGUGGGGAACCGUCUGCGAUGAUAGCUGGGAUCUGCCCGAUGCCAUGGUCGUAUGCAGGCAGUUGGACUGCGGGGAAGCGCGGUCAGCCCCUGGCUUGGCUCACUUUGGCCAAGGAACUGGUCAUAUCUGGCUGGACGACACAAACUGCACUGGUACAGAAGCUGACCUUUCUGCCUGCGCGGCCAGACCCUGGGGACAGCAUAACUGCAAUCAUGGAGAAGACGCAGGUGUCGUAUGCUCAGAAAUUGAAAAACCAGUUAAGCUGCAAUUAGUGAAUGGCUCAAGUCGCUGUGCUGGGAGAGUGGAGGUGCUUUAUAGCCAGCAAUGGGGAACUGUCUGUGAUGACAACUGGGAUAUAAUUGACGCUGAAGUUGUAUGCCGGCAGCUGAGCUGCGGGUCCGCUCUAUCUGCUCCUUCCUCAGCUUACUUUGGGGGAGGGCCUGACCCCAUUUGGCUUGAUGAUGUGACCUGCAAAGGAACUGAAGCUGCCCUCUCCGACUGCAGUGCAAAACCUUGGGGCAGCCAUAACUGUGUGCAUGGAGAAGAUGCUGGCGUUGUGUGCUCAGCACCUGCCCCACUUCGAUUGGUGGAUGGAUUGACCCACUGCUCUGGGAGAGUGGAGGUGUUUUAUGGCCAGCGCUGGGGAACUGUGUGUGAUGAUGAGUGGGACUUGGUCGAGGCAGAAGUGGUGUGCAGGCAGCUGGGCUGUGGGAAGGCCUUGUCGGCAACCCGUGAAGCUUACUUUGGGCAAGGGUCUGGCCCCAUUUGGCUUGAUGAUGUCAACUGCACAGGGACAGAAGCUGCUCUCUCCCAGUGCAGAGCCAAUCCUUGGGGAAGCCAUAACUGCAAGCACGGAGAAGACGCUGGUGUGGUUUGUACAGGAUUUGGUGAGCUGCUUCCAGUCCGGCUGGUGAAUGGUUCGAAUUUCUGCUCUGGGAGAGUCGAGGUGUUCCACGAACAGCAGUGGGGGACCGUCUGUGAUGACAGCUGGGAUCUGACAGAUGCUCAAGUGGUGUGCAGCUAUCUGGGCUGUGGGACAGCGGUCUCAGCCCCAGGUUCUGCUCAGUUUGGGCAAGGAACCGGAAAGAUUUGGCUGGAUGAUGUGAACUGUGAAGGGGAUGAAACCAUCCUGACUGAGUGCCGGGCCAAGCCCUGGGGGGACCACAACUGUAACCAUGGAGAGGAUGCUGGUGUGGUCUGCUCAGGUACAACUAAUGCAUGUCAUGAAAUGUGGGGUAGGAGGGAUGGCCUGUAUAUGUAGGAAGGGUGCCAAUGGCCCUGGACCUCCUGUGGGGACUAGGGUGCUGCCAACUUUGUUGGCCAGUCCCGAUAGCCAGGCU